GAGCCCACAGCUCUCUGGGCGCACAGGUGCCGAGCAAGAGAAUAUUUCAACAAGCACUUAGAGACAUGUAGUGAAGCUCUGGGUGGGGCUGCAGCCAGCUUCAGAGUCAUUAACACUGAUUAGCUGGUGUCACGGGGCCGCUUCCCGUGUUAAAGAAAGAACCGGGUGUUUCUGGAGUCGAAACCAUAUCAGUGUAAACCUCCAAACAAUAAGGAGAUGAUUCAUCGCCGUGCAAAGCUUCGCUUGAUUUACUUCAUUUUUGCCUUCUCGACCCUGCAGGGGAAGUUAACACCUGAGCAGAGGACACAGCUCGUCCUGCCGACAGUCACGUGUUCUACCAGAGGAAUCACAGCUGUGUUUGGACCGCAGGUCAAAAGCAAUGUCCGUGUUAGAGAUAUGUCAGGGGCCACAGUCCCAGUGCCUCAGUUGGAGGGGCCCUGCGGGGUGAGAAUGGGCAUAGACAAGGACCAGAGCCUCUCCUUCUUCAGCAGAUAUGACAGCUGCUAUGCUCGCACUGAGGGAAGAAAAGUGGUCAUUCCUCUGCAGGUGCAGCUGACAGGAGACCGUCGCCUGUUCGGGGUAAAUAUCAGCUGUCCUCUGAUAAAGCGGUCCAGUGAGAGCAGUCGACUGACUCCAACACCGUUACCUGGAAACUGUGACACAGAAAGAGCUCUACGAGUGGCCUGUGGCCACCAAAGCGUUUCUAGAGAGGCCUGUUACAAACUGGGAUGUUGCUAUGAUGCUCAUGAUUCAACCUGCUACUACAAACUCAAUGCCUGCUCUCUGGACGGACACUUUGUGUUCUCAGUAAAGGCCACAGACACAGAGCCGCCUAUUGAUCCCAGCAGUCUCUCAGUCAAGGACCAGCCACAGUGUUCCCCUGUGCUCAUCACCCAAGACACGGCUGUCUUCAAGAUUGGAAUCAUGGACUGUGGUGCAAAGAUGAAGGUCGACAGAGAUGUGAUGAUCUAUGAGCUGGAAGUGCAGGAGCUGCAUGCUAAACGUGCAACCAAGCAAUCUCCAUUUAGUCUCCAGGUCCAGUGUGAAUACGAUGCAGCAGAUCUAGAGCGUGCAGCAGACCUGCGAUCCUUGCACGCAGCCACUAACCCACCGCCUGUGGUUGCACUAGGAACCAUCAAUGUGCAGAUGAGAAUAGCCACAGAUGCAUCUUUCACAUCCUUCUUUCCAAACGACCAGCUUCCACUGACCUUGCCCCUGCGUGAACCUGUGUAUGUGGAGGUUUCCAUUGCCCAGCCUUCCCCAGACUCUACACUUGCCCUGCGGGUUCAGGAUUGCUUUGCCUACCCAGCGUCCAGGUACUCUGUGUGGACACUUAUCUAUGAGGGAUGCGGCAACCCUUUGGAUAACAUGAAAAGCUCUGUUCCUGUGGACCACGAGGGGAAGACCACCUCCCACUCCCAGAUCAGGAGGUUUGAUGUUAAGACCUUUGCCUUCUUGGACCCUCAGACAGGCCACCCAAGUGUGGAGGAAAUGUACUUCUACUGCUGGGUGGAAAUCUGCACUGAUGAUGAUGAUGAUGACUGUGCACAGCAGUGCACCCUCAUCUUGUCUGAGAGUGAGAGACAGAGGAGAGAGGCCACGUCAGAGAGCGACCAGGUCCAGCUGGUGUCCCUGGGGCCACUGGUGCUGGGACAGAAUGGCACAGAACCAGAGGACAACACGUGUGAGACACAGAACAGAAUGUUUCAGGUGACGCUGUAUAUCCUGUGUAGUAUUGGUGCUGUCGUGCUGCUGGUCCUGCUCUUUACUGUCUGGUCACGCAUCAGGAAGUGUCAGAAGGCACAAGUGCAGCAGGCUGGCGAGGCGCAGGCUGGCGAGGCGCAGGCCGGCGAGGCGCAGGCCGACUGUCAACAACCUCAAUAAAUCACGUCACCUUCUAUAAUGUGCAAUAAAAUGUUUCUGUACAGUG